AUGGAAACCUUAAACGUGCCUUUUCGAAACACAUCAAAAUCAAGAUACAGCGUCUUACACUCUGCGCUUUCAUUUUGCCCCAUCUCGUCGUCCUGUCCACUUUACCAUGCUGCUGUUUCACUCCCCUUUUCUCUCUUAUUCAGGAUUUUGCAUUCUUAUCCCAUGCCUCUUCGUUUAUCACGUACUGUGGCUCGUUUUCUCAUAGAGAAAAUUCGUGAUCGAUUGAAAUUACUGGAGUCUCUGUUGCUUGAGUUGCACGAUGUGGAUAACAGGUUGAAAAUGGAGCUACUUUCCCUCACCUCAUUGGCUGAUGCGGACUUAGUGGAUUCAGAUCUUGAUGAGGACGAUGAGUUUCCUAUCCCAUUCAAUCUCAUCAAUGAAGCCGCGAACCACGUGGAUGCUCCGCACGAUUUCUCCCCCUACCAUCUGAUCGAUCUUGACCAAGUCUGGGAGCCUGAAGAACGGGAAAGGAUUUACUCAGAUAUCAUGGCGGCUGAUGCUGACAAUCUGGACGGAUUCGUCACUCUUGAAGGCCACCCUAAUGUGGGCACAGAGGAGGAUGGCGACGACGACGACGGUGAUGUGGACGCGAAGCAAGGGGAUGCUGCUCUUCAGUUACCCGGAUCCACAUCUCAAGCGGUUAAUUUUCUCUCCGGCCUACUCAACGAUUCCUCGCUAAAUUUCUCUUAUCUAACAGUUGAAGAGGGAACCAUGUCCUCUGCUCCAUCCGCCGGACUUACCACAGAAAGUCUUUUGAAUACGGACAGGCUUUUGCGAUUCAGGCACCCCGAAGAACAAAGCUCAGCUGCCGACUCGGUGGGAUCCAGCUCACCAAGUUCGUCUCUGUCUACCCCUUCUCCUUUCACUCUUCGUUCGCGGAGGGCAUUGAACACAACUCCCGACUCAUCUUCCUCACUGUUAUCCACUCAGAACCGGCUUUGCUCCCCCUCUCCCAUCCUCGAUUCGAACCAAUCGGCAGAUGCAUCCCACCUGCGCCGCCACAGUCCUGAAUCGAGUCACACCAUCCGACAACAGAAUCAUGUCUAUUUUCGUGACGAACCCUGUGAGGACUUCACAGAGUCUGAUGACAUUGGCCCGGUCGAAGAUACAUUCCUGUCCGAUCAAGUUCCCCAAAACAAAGUGGUUCUCUCCACAUGGAUCUAUUGCGCUGCGCUAUCCAUCUUGAUUUUGUUGAUCGUUCUCUGGUCGCGACUACACGCUCCCGACUACACUCCUCCCUCCCAUUCCACCAUUUCGGACCGGUUGCACACACUUAUGGGACAGUUAUCCGCAGAAUUCCCAAACCAAACAAGCCGGUUUUGGGCUCAACUCCGUUCGGCCUUGGAACAGCCUUAUCGACGUGUUUGGUCGAAUAACGGACAUUUGGAUGACGAUCUGAGCAACCCUACAGUUGUCCUCUUUGUCAAGCGACAGCCGUGGAACGACGGGAACAACGGAAAUAUAGAUUUCAACUCCUUGUUUCGGUGUUUCAUCAAUCGGUUCGCCUCGUUGACCACAUCUGCGGUACUUGGGCGAGAUCGGCCUGAUUGCGUUGUACCUAUCCAACCGAAUAUGCUCGGGAUCCGAGAGGAGCAGCCUCUGAUUGACAAAGAGUCGGCCAACUACAAACUGGACAUUGAUACAAAACUGAAGCGCGCGUACAACAACGGAAUUCGGUGCUUCCAUUUCCCAUCCAUCGAUGCCCUUCCACCAGAUGUGAUGCUCCUGUUCCACGGCAUCGCAGAUGCACAGAAUUCAGUCUACAAAGAAGCCUUGUUGUUGUUCAGUUUGGGGCACACCUUUCGCUUUGACAACCAAUCCGUACCUUUCGACUCAGCACUAGCGUCGGAACAUCGUCAAUUGGAGCGCCAAAUUCAGCGUCACCUACGCACUCUGUGGACUUCCGCUUUGGGCAGCGAAGAAACGGAUGCUCUACUGUCGCGUCUAACUCCCACCAUAGCAGUGUUUCAUCCGACGGAAUCGGUCGUCCCCGCAACAUGUGAAGGCAAUGACGCAUGA